AUGGCAUCAGACAAUGCACUUGAAUUUGAGGUUGUAACUCCAAAGGUCAAUCUAAUCACCGCCAAUGAAUACCAAAACACUGAUCUUUUUUGGGCUAUAAGAGGUGGGGGAGGAGGGACCUUCAGUGUAAUUGCCAGCGUCACGGCUACAGUGAAAGAGCUACAUGCAGCUUUACCUGAAUUGAGUGACAACGGCGCUGCAGGAUAUUACUUUAUUUCCCCUCAAAGCCCUUCUUUGUCUGACAUUGGCUCCAUAUCUACCAUCACUGUAGCUUUCAUGUUUGCUGACCAAGAAGACCAAGCAGCUGUUGAGCAUCUAUUACAACCGCUAGCCGCGGCCAUUGAAAAGCUCAAUAAUGCUACAAUCUCCACUUUCACCCUUGUCUCACCAAAUAACCAACAAUUUGUGAAAAAUGCUGGAAAAGUCGACAGCGCGCUUAACCUGGCGUGGAGAAAGGCACUGACACACAUCACAUUCAGCUAUUCAUGGCCUUCUAGUACGCCUUUCCACGACCAGCAGAAGGUAUAUGAGAAUAUCACAAAUGUCGGGGUCCCGAUUUUCAGGGCGCUGGAGCCAGGCCAGAUGGGUGCCUACCUGAACAAGGCUGAUUCCCAUAAGUCGGACUUCCAGCAAUCCUUCUGGUGUGAGAAUUAUAAGUGGUUGUAUGUGAUUAAGAAGAGAUGGGAUUCAACUAGACUUUUCAUUUCUUGUCAAGGUGUUGGAAGUGAGGACUGGGAUGAUGGUGGGCUGUGUCAGUACAGCUUGCUCUUCAUCACAUUGCAGCUUAGAGAAUCCAAUUCUAUUACACUUAUAAUCAACGCGAUGGGAAUCACGCACAUUGUCUGCUUCCAGUUUAAGGCUGGUGUGAGUGCUGAGGUUAUCAAUGAGAUAAUUGUAUCCAUCCUACUCAUCAAAAGCCCUACAUCAAAACUGCAAUGGGCGGCAAUAGAUAACUCACCUGAGGGACUCCAGAAUGGAUUUACACACGCUUUCAUUACUCAGUUCGAAACUGCCAAAGAUAGAGAUUACUAUACCAAAAAUGAUCCAGCCCACCUAGUCUUCAUCAGUGGUCUGCAAGCGGUGGUUGAGAAGGUGCAAGUCAUGGAUUUUACUGACAGGGUGUUUUGA